AUGGCGUCGGGCGUCCAGGUAGAGGGGGAGGGCGCGGCGACGGCAUUAUCCGCCGACGCGGAGCUGCGGCCGCUGCGUAUCCGCGUGUCCACGCCCGUAUCCGACAGCGCCGACACGCCAACGCCAGACGGCGGCGGCGGUGACGGCUCCGGGUCCGCGCGCGGCACCAAGCGCCGCAGGGAGGAGGCCGCGCUAUUCCUGGAGAAGACGUACGAACUGCUGGAGCGCUGCCCGCCCGAGCUGGCCAGCUGGACGGCGCGCGGCGACAGCUUCGUGGUCAAGCUGCCGACGGCCUUCGCGGAGCACGUCAUCCCCACGUACUUCAAGCACCGCAAGUUCAGCUCCUUCGUGCGGCAGCUCAAUCUCUACGGCUUCAGGAAGGUGCGCGCCACGUCGGCGGCCGAGGAGGCGGAGGGAAAUGCAGCAGCAGCGGCGGAAGCGGCCGAGGACGCCAGCCCCAAGGACUGGUGGGAGUUCCGCCACGACCGCUUCGUCAGGGGCAGGAGAGACCUGCUGUGCGAGAUCCGGCGCCGCUCGCCCAGCGACGCGCGGGUCUCCACCCCGCUGGGCGCAGCAGGCACGCCCAUUGAGCGCGUCGAGUUCGAGGAGCUCCGCGCUGAAGUUGGUGGCCUGCGCGAGGAGAUGCAGAAGAUGCAGCGGACCAACCAGCAGCUGGCCUCCUUGCUGCAGACGCUGCUGCAGCGCUUCAACGGCGCGGAGAACGACGGGGGCAGAAGCUUGAACCGACAGGAGGUCGCGGGCUUUGCCAACUCGCCGUCGGUGGCUCCGGCUCCGCAUAGAUCGCUGCCGUCGAUUGCGUUACCCAGUCCGACAGCGAGCGCUAACGCCACCGGACCUCAACUCGCGCUGCUGCAGCUUCGACAGGGAAUUGGGACGCCGCGCGACAUCAGGACGCCGCGGACUCCGGCCUCAGGCUCUUUCCACUUAAGACCCGUGCAGUCGCUCAUGGUGAAUCACAGCCCCAGCAGUCGACCGACGCCGAGUCCGAGACCUUACGUGAGCACGCCCGGCGGUAGCUUCAAUCAGCAGCAAGAUCAGCAACAGCAGCAACAACCGCUCAGCAGGAACCAGCAGCACCGAUGUCAACCCUCUCCGACGACAAACCGUUCCCCUCUUAAGCGCCUGCGCGUUGACUCAGCUACUUCCGUUUCCGAACCUCAGAGCGUGUACGACGCCCGCUCCCCAGAGGACGUCGCGGUUCGCGAACUGAGUCGCAUCGCCUCGGAGAUCCGCUCCGACCUGCUCGCGUGCAUCACUGCGCGUGUCACGGGCUUCUUGCGCGUGCACCGAGACCAGACUGAACCGACCCGCGAAGCUGAUGCAGACGCCGUGGCGGAGGCCGUUGGCUCGGAUAUUCGUCAGAAGCUCGCGCAGCUACAGGCGUCUGCGUCACCGUCGGACCCAAUGCUCCUAGAUGCGGAGACCACUUGCAUGUAUCGCGUGGAGAUUUUGAAGUUCAUCUCCCGCGAACUCCCGCGCGCCGUCCAAGAAGCCGUCGACAAGCGGCUCCCGGCGCCGGAGAAACUUAAACAGCGCCCAGCGAAAGACCGCUCGCUGCUCGCGUUGCUGGUGCAGAAGGCGCAGAAGGCACUGGAACGCCAAAUGCACUCGGAGACGGCUGCUGUAAACUCAGCGCGACGCUGA